CCCUGUUUAUACGAGGCGUUUCCAACGCGCGUUAGCAAACGCGGCGUUAGCAAAGUCAAUGGUAGUCUAUAGGAACCGGUCACACGUGACGCGGCGUUUUGCCUGACGCCGCGUUAACGUCUGGGUCCCUUGCUAACGCGCGUUUGGCGAGCGGCUCGAGAUACAUUGAAGCAUAUGGGAACGGUUACACACAGCGGUAAACGCCGCGUUUUGAAAGCAGCGCGCUCUCUUAUUGGCUGGGCUGCUACCAAUGAGGAAAGAGAAUGUGCGUUACUAUGGCAACCCCUGGGUUACUCCACGUGGAGGAAUUUUUUUAUCACGUGACACGCACACAGCUCUUCAGUCCCAUCACUGGCAGUCAUGGCGGAGCAAAGGCUUGAGGCAAUAGACACUGACCUUCUCAUUAAUUAAAUAGAAAAACGUCCAGCCUUAUGGGAUAUGCAGUCCCCGUACUAUAAAGAUAGGAAUUUGAAAAAAAAAUGCUGGGAAGAGAUUGCAGAUAUCUUCUGUAGUUCAGGAGAGGUUAAGGAGAAACAAGCUAUGGGUAAGUUAACAGAAUAACUUUAUUAUUUAUUUUUUUAAACUAUUUCAACUUGUAUACUACAUCUGAGCAGCAACAUGGCUUUCUCCCCUUUCCCCUGACAUUAGCAGCUCAUCGAAUGAUUUCACUGACAUUCUAAAAUAGUUGAAAAACUUGUCUUCAUGUUCUCUUAAACUCGGGUACAAGGUUGUAUACAUGCCAUGGGUAAGUCUGUCUUGUAAAAUUGGAUGAACCCAGUAUCUUCUUUCUCGCCGCUUGCGCCGCUUCAAACGGCGAUGCAAGAUCCAAGCACAUGCUACCUCUUCUAGAUCCAUCCUGGUUGAAACUGUCUGUUGCUCUCUGCAUUCAGUGCAUUGUUUGGCACACACAUAUGCACGCACAAACACAAGCGUCGCGUUAACGCCGCGUUUGAAAGCGCCUCGUGUGAGCGGUAGUUUCUAACGCCGCGUUUGCUAACGCGCGUUGGAAAGCGCCUCGUGUAAACAGGGCCUAAGGCCCUGUUUAUACGAGGCGUUUCCAACGCGCGUUAGCAAACGCGGCGUUAGCAAAGUCAAUGGUAGUCAAUGGAACCGGUCACACGUGACGCGGCGUUUUGCCUGACGCCGCGUUAACGUCUGGGUCCCUUGCUAACGCGCGUUUGGCGAGCGGCUCGAGAUACAUUGAAGCAUAUGGGAACGGUUACACACAGCGGUAAACGCCGCGUUUUGAAAGCAGCGCGCUCUCUUAUUGGCUGGGCUGCUACCAAUGAGGAAAGAGAAUGUGCGUUACUAUGGCAACCUCUGGGUUACUCCACGUGGAGGAAUUUUUUUAUCACGUGACACGCACACAGCUCUUCAGUCCCAUCACUGGCAGUCAUGGCGGAGCAAAGGCUUGAGGCAAUAGACACUGACCUUCUCAUUAAUGAAAUAGAAAAACGUCCAGCCUUAUGGGAUAUGCAGUCCCCGUACUAUAAAGAUAGGAAUUUGAAAAAAAAAUGCUGGGAAGAGAUUGCAGAUAUCUUCUGUAGUUCAGGAGAGGUUAAGGAGAAACAAGCUAUGGGCCUGUCCUUGCAAAGAAAGUGGAAGCAUUUGCGAGAUAACUUCGCAAGGGAAUUAAAGAGACAAAAGACUCUACCAUCCGGGUCGGAGGCAAGAAAGGGCACCUACAUAUAUUUUAGGAGACUACAGUUUCUUGAAGGUUCAAUUUCCAGUAAGGAAACUAUCAGCAAUAUUGAAAAUGAAGGGGAAGGACUGUGUGAUGACGUUGAUGUGACAGGAGAACAUCGCGAGAAGGGAAUUACAUCUACAUCAGCAAAGAAAAAACUGAAACUAAAUCCAGGUGAUCUGCAUAUCGCUAAUAUUUUGGAAAGAAGUUUGUUGGCGAGACAAAUUGAAGAAGAAAAACAGAAUGAUGAGGAUAAAUUAUUUUGCUUGUCACUCUACAAAGAGAUGAAAAAGGUGCCAGAAAGCAGUCGUUUAAUGACAAAAAUUGAGCUACUAAAUGUACUUCAUCGUGCUCAGACACUUGGAACUCACCAUCCCAUACAAUCAUUUCAGUAUGCAAACUCAUAUACUCAACCAUUGCCACAUUACUCAGGAUUCACUGCUCAACCACAGACACCAUAUACCCGCGUCUGCCCGACACCUUCACCGGUUGCUACAAACUCAGUUCAUAACAUAAAACCAGUCCACCAGGCACACUCACACAAUCCACCAACUGCAGGUCCAUCAGGAUACACACCAUCAUCACACACACCAUCAUCACCUUCAGUAGUUCAUCCCACGACUCCUUCACCAGGGGGUGCAGCAAGCCAAGUUUCUGACACGCAGUCAGACUACAUUGAUAUGUUUGACUAGUAAUUUGUUGAAUAACAAAAUAGUAAAAGUGUGUGCCAGGUGAGUGAUAGGGGUGCUUUCUCAAAUCUAGGAAAUUUUUUGAACUGUUAAGUUCUCACCCAAUGUUCUGGAAAUAUGCAAACAGAAGGAAUGUCUUAUCUUCUCCC